CACAACAUCAUCGUCGCUUUUCCAGAUUUCCAUGGGAUCUUACAGCAGAUAGUAGAUAGUAGAUCUACCCAAGCAACACUAACAACUAACUAAAACUUUGACCAUGACAACGAUAUCUGGCCUAACAGCAAACUCCACUACGCCCUACUUGAAUGCCAAUAAUCCCCAGAAUGCCCCGGUUAUAGUCCAGGGAAAGGUGGUGAGCACUCCAAACAAAGGUUUUGUGGUUCCAUCAACUGCCUACCACCCUCGCGACUCUAUUGUCGAACCCAUCCACAAUCCACAAGAUUUCAAGCGCGAUCCUUCUCCUCGACGUUGCAACGAUCUGAUAUGGGCCAUUCUAUUCCUGAUCCACCUAGGUGCCAUGGUAUGGGUCGCCAUUUACUAUAUCCCUCAAAUGACCAAUCGCUUGGGGGCAGAUUAUGCCGCCGAUGCCAACAAUGACGAUCAUCGAAGAUUCCUCGAAGAAGACCAAGAUUGGAGUUAUCAAAACAUUGACAAUGGAUACCUGUACGACAACAACGCCAUCACACUCAAUCUACCUUCGACCAUUGCUGUCGUGGCCGUCACUUGUGUUUCUGGAAUUUUUCUGGCUACCACUGCCUUGGGAUUCAUGGUACUCUUUGCCGAAACGCUCAUUCGAGUCGGAUUUAUCGCCACCGCACUACUCUCCCUCGUCAUGGGCAUGGCAUCGGUAGCCACGGGGCAAAUUGCGGCCGCCAUUGCAUCCUUCGUCAUGUUUGUCCUCGUCACAUGGUAUGCCUGCAACGCAUGGGCAAGAAUACCCUUUGCGGCCACCAAUCUCGUCACGGCAACUACCAUUGUACGGGAUAACUUGGGAGUUGCCGUAUACGCCUAUCUGUCUCUAGCACUGGCAUUUGGCUGGGCGGUUUGGUGGACGUCAGCCACCAUUGCGGCUCUCUUUGUAUUGGGAGAUUGUGAAGGAGAUGGAACUUGCAACAACGAUUUGGAUCCCUUUCUCAUAUUCCUAUUCUUGGCAAGCUACCAUUGGACUUUUCAUGUCAUUGCCAAUGUCGUCACGGUCACAGUAGCGGGAGUCAGUGGGACCUGGUGGAUGGUACCCUCGGAAGGUAACCAAUUCUGCUCCAAGGCGGUCACAGACUCGUAUUACCGAGCCAACACUCUGGCAUUUGGAUCCAUCUGCCUUGGGAGUCUCGUCGUUGCCAUCGUCUCGGCCGCCAAAGAGAUUAUUCGGCAAAUGAGAGACGGUAGAGAUUCCGUCCUUGUCUGUAUAGCAGAGUUUCUGCUCGGCUGCAUUAAGAACAUUUUGGAAUACUUCAAUGAAUGGGCGUUUUGCUUUGUCGGGAUCUACGGAUACUCCUUUGUAGAGUCAGGGAUGCAGGUCAUGGACUUGCUGAGAAGUCGAGGUUGGACGUCCAUCAUUACCGAUGAUUUGAGUGGACGCGCACUCUUUAUUGUCUCCUUUUUUGUAGCACUGUUGAAUGGGUUGAUCGGGUGGGCCUUUGGUUCCGUGAUACCCUUGGGCGAAGGCGUGCCAGAGAUUGUACCAUUUCUCAUUGCCAUGGUGACGGGUUUUACUCUAUGCUCUACUCUGUUUAGUGUGGUUGGAAGUGCCUGCAAGUCCGUAAUUGUCCUCUACGCUGAGGCACCAAAUGAAUUCCAGGCAAAUCAUCCAGAACUAUCCAACCGAAUGAGGAUUAGUUGGCAACAAGCAUGGCCAGUAGACUUCAAAUACGGCUAGUUCAACACAUCAUACAUCAUGUACCGUACAAGCACAGUCUCAAAAUAUUGUCUCGACCAGUACUCAGUCCUUAGCCCUCGAGUUUCCUCCGCGAACAACACGUCACAGGAGGCAGUCGAAUCUCUUCUCUCGAGGAAAAGUCCGACGUCGAAGGAAGGAGUGUCACCCCCUCCGGUAGCUAUCACCGGUACAAGACUAGGAUGCACCAUGGAUCCCAACGGUACCGUGCAAGGGAGGCACAGAUACGAGAGCACAAUGCAGAGAGUCGAGUCCCAAACAAAAGUUGUUUAUCUUAGGAAAGAACAUGUAUACCAUAACAACCUAACAAUGAUGGAUAGUAAUAGUAAUCUAUCUCUGGGACCAAUCCAAGCGAGGCUUUUUGCGCUGUACCACAAACAUUUAAACGUAGAG